AUGGUGACCAACGCCCACCACCGGCCGGCCGAUCGAGAGUGGAUACAUAACCGAAAAUUCGAGCCCAGCCUACGCUAUGCUGAGGACAUGAUACAGGGCUCUAUAGAAGUCCGCAACUAUGAUGAGGAUUGGGUUUAUGUUGCGUGCGACGACGAUCGUCCCUGCAGUAGUUGUAGCUGCGUUGCGCCGCAUACUGAUAGCAUCGUCAUUGCAGUCGACGGCGCCUGUAGAGGCAAUGGCACACCGAGCGCGAGGGCUGCCAUCGGAGUAUUCGUCAGCGAGACGUCCAAGUUCAAUCAGAGCGUUCUUUUGUCCGAGUCUCAUGUGACGAACCAAAUCGCAGAACUAAGGGCCGGUAUUCUAGCACUUGAGCAAGUAAUGGAGAUAGUACGAGCCAAGGCACUAGGCAAAGAACCUCUCCACACAGUCGUCAUCAAAGCAGAUUCGGAAUACCUCGUCAAAGGGAUGACUGAGUGGGUGUUCAAAUGGGAAAGCAAGGGAUAUAGGAAUGCAAAGGGUGGGCCUGUCAAGAACGACCAGCUCUUCAAAAAGUUGCACGCGCUUAUCGAGAAUCUAAACACAUCCCGAGUCGAAGUCUUAUUCUGGCAGGUACCCCGAGGACAAAAUCAAGACGCCGACAAGCUAGCAAAUCAAGCUUUCUAG